AUGUCUUUCGGAUUCGGAGGAUUUGGUCAAAACAACCAGAGCUCCGGAUUUGGAGCUGGCUCUGGCUUCGGUGGGACGAGUUCUGGAGGAGGCUUUGGAUCUACAUCGUCCCCAUUUGGUGGCGGUAACACAUCAGGCGGUGGCCUGUUUGGGAAUACUUCCAGUAGCUUUGGUUCCGGAGGAGGAUUCGGAACGGGCACGCAGAAUCAGUCAAACUCACUUUUUGGCAGCCAAAACCGGACUGGCGGCUUUGGGGCUGGGACUUCAACAACCGGUGGAAGUCUUUUUGGAGGCAGUGCAGGAGGUACAACAGCAACAACUACCGGCGGUGGUUUUGGUGGUUUCGGUUCAACCGGAAACACUGGAGGCUUCGGAAGCUCCAAUAACACCACCGGUGGAGGCCUCUUUGGCAACAAGACUGGCACCGGCACCGGCACCGGCACUGGCACUGGCGCCGGCUUUGGUAGUUCAACUGGUACAGCAGGUGGCUUUGGCACAAGUGGCGGCUUUGGAAGCGGCACUACUGGCUUUGGUAGUGGAAGUGGAACUGCAUUCCAGCAGGCCGUUCCUCCAUCAGAUGGUACUGGUAGCACGCCAUUCAGCCCUUUUACCGAAAAGGAUGGAAGCACAAAUGUAACCAACCAUUACCAAAGCAUUUCUUUCAUGCAGCCAUACAACAAAUACUCAUUUGAGGAGCUGCGUCUGGGCCGGUGCUUUUGGUACGUCGCAUUCGGUGGAAGCGGUUUUGGUCAACAGCAACAGUCGACUGGGUUUGGAAGCACUUCUUCCCCCUUCGGUGGCACCAGCGCCCCUGCCUUCGGCCAGGCACAGACCCAAACCACUGGUGGGUUUGGCUCCACCACUAGCAACCCCUUGUUUGGGUCCAAUAAACCAGCGACCUCUUUAUUCGGAGGAGGGGCUACUUCAACGGGAACGUCACAGCCCAGCUUAUUCGGCGGGGCCACCGCGACUGCCGGCGGCUUUGGUAGCACAGCCAACACCGGAACUGGCUUUGGAGCUGGUGCAUCCGGUGGUCUCUUUGGCAACAGCAACAACAAUAAUACUCAACAGCAACAACAAAACAAGUCCUUGUUUGGUGGAGGCGGUACGUCUACCGGGACAGGCUUUGGUGGCUUUGGACAGCAGAACACCAGUACGUCUACGCCAUUUGGUGGUACUACUGCUACCUCGUCCCCGUUUGGCGGCGGUCAGCAGCAGCAGCAGCAGCCCCAGCAGACUGGGGGAAGCGCAUUCGGUGGGUUUGGUCAACAGAACCAGCAGAACCAGGCUCAGACUCAGAACAAAGGGCUGUUUGGCGGUUUUGGACAAAACAAUCAACAGCAACAGUCCUCGACACCUAGCCUAUUCGGAGGUGGCGGCGCUACUACGGGAGGCUCUUCUCUGUUUGGCCAGAAUACUCAGCAGCCAUCGACUGGCGGUUCCUUGUUCGGAGGCGCGAACCAGCAAUCCGGAACUGGAUCGCUAUUCGGUGGGGGGGCUCAGCAGCAAGGCCAAAAGACUGGACUAUUUGGGUCUGGCACCACCGGUACACCAACUGCAACCAACACAUUCGGAGGCUUUGGUAAUACUCAGAAUCAGCAGGCCGGAACUGGUGGCCUGUUCAAUGCACAGAACCAGCAACAGCAAAAGCCCAGUCUUUUCGGUGGGAGCACCGGCACCAGCGGUUCCUUGUUUGGAGGCGGUGCUACAACCACUCCAAACACGGGCUCCUCGCUUUUUGGUAACACACAAAACCAGCAGCAGCCGCAGACUGGGGGUCUCGGAAUGGGUACAUCCAGCCUCUUCGGAAGCACGCAGCAAACACAAGCUCAGCAGCAACCUCAGCAGCCGGUGCCUGGUAGCCUGCAGGCCUCCCUCUUGGACCCAAACCCAUACGGGAACCAGUCCAUCUUCUCUGGUCUGCCUGCUCCAAGUGCUCCUAGCCCUGGUCCAUUGGCGACGCCGCUUGCUUCAUCUAUCAGGCAAAAACAACGUACCCCAUUGCCAGUUUACAAGAUCACACCCAACGCUGCUAACCGUCUCGUCACACCGCCAAAACGCCAAGGCUUCAGCAAGAGCUUCUCUACGAGUAACCUUCGCAAAACCUUUGACCCGGAGGCUGACAGCGUGUUGUCUCCAGGAGCCCUUUCCUCUGGCUCCUCUCGUCUGUCCAGCGGUAAUCUGAAGCGCCUUACCAUUGACCGCAGUCUGCGGAACGAUCUCUUCUCACGGCCCGCCAGUACACCUGCCGCUGCGAUCACGAAUGGCGAGGAUUCCGCCCAACCGACGGAUAAAGCCAAGAAGAAGGUCAGCUUUGAAUCUACCUCGGAUGCUACCACAGGAGGUGAGAUCGUACCGGUACAGUCUCAGCCCUCCGAGCCCACGCCAGAAGAGCUGGGUUUCCUCCGCUCAAUUCGCAAGAGCAAUACUGUCAACGGGCUCAAUGGGAUUAAAGAAAAUGGCACUCGGCCCGAGAUGGAAUCUGUCCGGGACAAGGAUCUUCCGGCUGUCCCUGAAGACUCUGAGCAGACCGCAGUCACCGAUGGCCAAUCACGGCUGGCUUUCGUCCCCGGCGGCGAUCCACAACCUGGCGAGUAUUGGAUGAAGCCCACCAGGGCUGAAUUGAGCAAGAUGAGCCGCGACCAGCUCAAGCAUGUAGUGGGCUUCACAGUCGGUCGCCAACAUUGUGGUCAAGUGACAUUUGAUGAACCCGUUGACUUGACCAACAUUGAUCUGGACCAAAUCUUUGGAGGUCUUGUUGAUAUCGGCGUGCGGAAAAUUACAGUGUAUCCAGAUGAAGCAAUCAAACCCCCUAGGGGCAAAGGGCUGAAUGUCCCAUCUAUCCUUCGAAUCGAAAAUUCCUGGCCGCGAGGCAGAGAUAAGAAGUCCCCAUCACCUCUCACCAGCGGGCCUCUUUUCGAAAAGCACGUCGAUCGCCUGAGGAAGGUCCACAACACUGAUUUUAUCGAUUACGAAACGGAAACGGGAACAUGGGUUUUCAAGGUGCCGCAUUAUACUACAUAUGGCCUUGAUUAUGAUAGCGAUGAUGAUGAAGGUGAGAGCCUCAACCAAAGCACUUUGAGUGCUGCUCCUGACACACCGACUCCGAAGGCUCAUACUCCCACCAAUCUCGAUAAUACAAUGACCUCAGAGCAGAUGUCCACCUUCUCGACAGAUGAUUCUUUUCUCGGGUCGGUGGCUGGUAUCGACGAUGACACAUUCGAUUUCAAAAAGCGUAAAUUAGUCCCAGGGUCGUUUGGCAACCAAGCGAUGGAAACAAUGGAGGAUGAACACUCGAAUUCCGGCGAAGAUGAGGAGUCUUUUUUAGGGGAAGGCUCCACGGGUUCAACUACUGAGCAAGAAGGUGACGAUGUCACUGAAAGCCAGCAGUCUGGCGAAUCAGAAGUUGAAUUAGAUGAGGACGAAGAAAUGGACAUGGCAGGCACCUUUCCCUCCCUUCAUCAUACCGUGGAGCGCGAUGAUACCAAAAGCAUCGUCAGCUUAAACGAAAACACACAGCCAUCUUUAAAACCAUGGAGUACGCCACCAAAGGCUCGUCUUGAUCUUAGCGGGGACUGGGCUGCGCAGCUCCAACGAACCAUUAGUCCCAGGAAGCAGGACCGCGACGCACUGCGUGAAAUCCAGGCCAAUGCCUUCACGGACAGGCCUCUCCACGAUGAUGACACCCAGGAGCCUGUUGCCGACACCCAGCAGAAAGGGUUCGCAACUAGUAUCGAUUUAAUGAACUCUUUGUUCCAACAACCGCGGAAACAGCAGGCACAGUCUCCUUUGAAGGCACGCAAUACGCAGCCUAGAGGUUUCGAGUGGCCGUAUAAUAAAAAGCCGAAGACAUUCGCUGGCGAUUCUAAUGAACUGAGUCAAGACGACCUUGCUUUCCACCACUCGUUCAAGCCGCGGUGGGGCCCAGCGGAUUCCAUAAUAUGUGUCAAGAACGGAAUGGAGAGCAUCCAUUCCGCGGAUGGCCGUUGGGACCAGAAGUUCUCUAUCACAAGCGAGGAGAGGGACAUCACUCUGCUGGCUUCGAGUAAGUCUCCAGAGUCGAAUGUUAUGCUCGAUACGCAGAAGAAGCAGACUACAAUAAGCCGCGUUGAUGAUGUUCCUCUGGCCCGAUUGACCAAGGCUGAUUUCCAGCAAUUCGCACAGACAUCUUCCAGCUUGGCGGAUUCUGACCAAGAGCGACUACUGUGGCAGUUGGCCAACAUUCUGUUCAAUGACGACAUUGAAGAUGACAUCUCUGCCGGCGUUCCACCCCAGCUUCGGUCAAAGUUUAUUCACCGCAUCAAGAAGGAUCGCUUCAGUCGACUGUGGGAAGGCAUUGUUAGAGAAAGGCACGCACAUACACUGGGCAAAGCCAAUUCAGCCGAGGAACAGGCUAUCUACUUGCUUUGUUCGCAUCGGGUUGAGGAGGCGUGCAAUGUCUUGAUAGCAAGUCAAAAUCUUCAUCUAGCCACCCUUGUCGCGCAAAUUGGUCGAGACCCCACCAUCCGUGCAGACAUGGCGAAACAAAUCGAGAUGUGGCGGCAGCAUAACGUUUAUUCGGAAAUGACCGAGCCUAUUCGAGCUCUGUACGAGCUUCUGGCAGGCAACGCCCUCCGCUGUGAAGGUAAAUCAGGCGGCGCACUGGAGGAUCGUGCUUCUACGUUCACCCUCACUGAACGUUUUGAACUCGAUUGGAUCCAGGCAUUUGGUCUUCGUCUGUGGUACGGAAUCACGGAUGAUGAACCUAUUGAGGCCGCGGUUUCAAAAUUCCUCACCGAUCUUAGUACCGGUGAUGAGCCCGCUUUCCCACAUCCGUUCCGUCAGGAGAGUGCCCGGAAAUCAUCGCAUUCGGCAUCCGAUACACUUGGUCUGGAGUCGCCUUUGUGGGUUCUGCUUAAGCUUUAUUCAAUGACUCUUGGAGUAGCUAAAGAUAUUCCAGCAAUGGAAUUCCCUGCUGCUCUGCUCCCGGAGUCCGUGAGCGGAGAUAAACUGUCGAACCGACUCUCCUUCCAGCUGUAUCAGCUCCUUGCCACUGCUGUCGGUCAACACGACGGCUUUAAGAUUGAUACCUUCCACGUGGAUCAAAUGGUAUGCGACUAUUCCUGGGAGCUCAGCCGUAGUGACCAGCUCGACCGGGCUUUAUUCGUUUUACUCCACCUCUCACGGCCCGAAGAUCGUGAGCGUGCCGUGAAAGAGACCCUGGCCAGGUUCGCUUCGCGGCUGCCCGACCAAACUACUCCUGAGGGAGUCCCAGAUACUACCUGGCACUAUCUUACUACAGACCUGCAGAUUCCCGAAGGCUGGAUCUGGGUUGCCAAGGCACUUUACGCUCGGGAUAUCGGAGAUGCCGCCCGCGAGGUGGACUGCCUUGUCCGUGGCAAGAAUUGGGAUGAUGCGCAUGCUACUUUCUGCCGCAUUGUCGGACCAACCGCCGUUAUCGAACGUGACUACGCAACGUUGGAAACCUUGGUGUCAGGCUUCGGCGAGGCCCCCGAGCGCAAGGUCAGAGGAUGGACCAGUGGCGGCGGUGUAUAUGAGGACUUCCUGCGCUUAGCGACAGCAAAGAGCGGCAAGCGGGAUGCCACCAGGUUGAAUCGCUUGGUGAAUGCACUGGUUGCGAUGGGUAAUCAGAUCAGCCAAGGAUCGGGUGUCGAAGGAUUGGAAGAACGAGUGGCUUUCAAGGAAAUGAGCCGGGCGAUUGCUAGCUGGACGGCACACGAAGAUAGCAAGGUGGUCGAGUUCUCUAGUGUGCUUAGUUUGCCUUUGACGGGCGAUGCGCGAAUCAUGCAGACCGCCGAAAUGAGUCGACGGUAUUACGGUAUCAUCAUGGCGGGUGCCUAUUAAGCGUCUUUUUUCUUUUCGUUUUUGCUACGUUUCUUUGGUGUCAUCCCUACAUGUAACCUAGUGUAAAUUUCCCCCCCUGUUAUAAUCCUUCUUGGAUUCCGCAUU